AUGUCAAUUCAAAAAAAAGUGACAAAAAUUACAAGAUAAUAAAGUGAAUAAGGAAAAUUUUUAAAUUUGUAUUAUGAAGUUCAAUUGCCUUAUUUCAAUCCUUAAUCUAAUUCUGUAUUUGCUACAGGAUUAUUGAAUAAUCCUUCAUUAUUGAAUAUAUAUCAGUAAGCAAUGAGCAGUUAUUUGUAAGGAUAUUAUAGAUAAGCAAUAUUUUUUGCAGAAAAAUUGUUAUGUUUGAAUUAAGAUUAAAUUGCAUUACCAUAUUUAGUAUUUUUGCUUGGAAUUGUAAAUCAUUGAUUAUUUUACAUUAGUGUCAUUUUGCAAAUUAGGAAUAUUCAGGAGUGUACAAUCUAUUUUUAAAGCAUAAAUUGACAUAAGGAGAUUUUGCAGUGUUGGGAGCUAGAGCUUUAUAUUCAAAUAGACAAUAUGAAUUGGGAAUAGAAAUUCUUCAAGAAGAGAGUAGUUCAUAAAGUGAUUGGGUAAGAGGAUAAUGUUAUGAAGCCUUAGAGAAUAAAUAAUUAGCAGUUUCUAAUUAUUUUGAAUGUUUAUAGAAAACACCAACGAAUGUUAGAGUGUUUUAAUAAUUAGUUGAUUCAUAUUUGAUUUCUUCAGAUGAAAAGGAGAAUUUAGUUUAAUAAAUAUAAUUAAAUGCUGAUGAAGCCUGGUUAAAGGAUUAUUAUAUAAGCAAAACUAUAAAUUAUGAAAUUGUGAAUUCAAAAUUAGCUGAUCAUUUAUAAGAAGAGAAAAGGAAAAUUGCAUAAUAAUUAUAAAUAUUUGAUAAAGUUGAAACUUAAUAAUUGA